UUUCUCUUGCACUCCAGUCUUCUGACCAAAAGUCAUGCUAGUGUUAGCUGAAGAAGGUUCUCAGACUGCUGGCGACCUCUUUGACAAGAAUUCACGGCUGUGAGCAGGGUGUUAAUAUUAUCAGAGGGAAGCAUGACAUGGGGGACUUCUGGAGUGUUAAGAAUAUGCAGUCACCACCUGGCUCUUCUACAAAGAUCUUCACAUCAUGGUUUGCCUCUCCAAACAACCAGAUCCUUCUGCUCACUCAGGGAGCGGAAACGUAGAGAGCUGCUAUGGAAGACCCUUUUAGGCCUCUCAGUCAGCGUACCUGUGGUGGUGGGUGCCCAGUAUGCCGUGUCAGACCACAGGCAGAGGAGGAAGAUGAGAAUCGUGAUUGAGGGAUUUGGACGUUUCUUCAGGUCUUUAUCCGUGGGAGUCUUUAUCUCCGUGGAUUACUGGUGGACCACCAACGUGACUCUGCGUGGACUGGAUGAAAACAGCCCAUCCUACCAGCGCCAGAUGUCAGCCUGCCACCAGAGGGCAGCAGAGUACAUGGUGGAAGGAGCCACAAGGAAUGGAGGAAUCUAUAUCAAACUGGGCCAGGGUCUGUGCUCCUUCAACCACCUGCUGCCGCCCGAGUACAUCCGCACGCUGCAGAUCCUGGAGGACAAGGCUCUGAACAGGAAGUACAAAGAGGUGGACGCUCUCUUCCUAGAAGACUUCAACAAAACCCCGGAGCAGCUUUUUAAGUCGUUUGACUAUGAGCCCAUAGCUGCUGCCAGUCUGGCUCAGGUUCACAAGGCAGAGCUGUUCGAUGGUACUCCUGUUGCUGUGAAGGUUCAGUACAUUGACCUCAGGGAUCGAUUUGAUGGAGACAUAAGAACUCUGGAGAUCCUUCUGGACGUCAUCAAAUUCAUGCACCCUAGUUUUGGAUUCCGAUGGGUCCUCAAGGACCUGAAGGGCACUCUGGCUCAAGAGCUGGACUUUGAGAAUGAAGCCAGAAACUCUGAGAGGUGCGCGGAGGAGCUGAAGCAUUUUCAUUUCUUAGUGGUGCCGAAGGUCUUCUGGGAGCAAACGAGCAAGAGGGUGCUAACGGCAGAGUUUUGCAACGGCUGCAAAAUCAACAACGUGGAAGAAAUCAAGCGGCAAGGAAUUAGUCUGAAAGACACGGCAGAUAAACUGAUCAGGACCUUUGCAGAGCAGAUCUUCUACACCGGUUUCAUCCAUGCAGACCCUCAUCCUGGAAAUGUUCUGGUGAGACAAGGUCCAAAUAAACGGGCAGAGUUGGUGCUACUGGACCAUGGCUUGUAUGAAUACCUGAGUGAACAUGACAGAGAGGCUUUGUGUAAGCUGUGGCGGGCCAUUGUCCUGAGAGAUGAUGCAGCAAUGAAGACAUGCUCUGAUGCUCUAGGAGUCAAAGAGUACUUCCUGUUCUGUGAGAUGCUGCUGCAGCGGCCCAUCAACAUGCAGACUUUGGGUCUGUCCAACAUCCUGAGCAGAGAGGAGACCGCCUACAUGCGUGAGAUGGCCCUCAACCGCUUUGAGAGCAUCAUGCAGGUGCUGAAGUUCAUGCCUCGGCCCAUGCUGCUGGUGUUCCGGAACAUCAACACGGUCAGAAGCAUCAACAUCACCCUGGGGGCGCCGGUGGACCGCUACUACGUCAUGGCCAAGAGUGCGGUGCGAGGCUGGGGGAAGAUCCAGGCGGAGAAGAUGGGGGUGCUGCCCAGGCUGCGGAUCUUCAGCUGGUGGAGGACAACAUGGGAGGGCUUUAAGUUUGAAGUUGCUUUAAGAUCAGAGAUGGUGAUCAUGAGCCUGACGCGUCACUUCCUGAAGCUCAUGGAGAUCUUGGGUGUUGCAGCUGUGAAUGCUGACGUGUACGAGUACCUGAGAUGAGAGAGGAGCCGCUCCUAGCACCAGUGGCUGGUGCUGGUGGAGUCCAUGCUGGUUAUGGUGGCAUGCCAUCACAAGCCCCCUCACAAUCAGUCGUAUUUUCAAUCAUCUAAAGUCAGAUUUCUUGUUUAUAUUUAAAAAACCAUUUAAACGUAGCCGUCAGGAACUAUCUGAUCUUAAAAAACUGCUCAGCUGUAAACUGAGUUGUUGUUUGUGUGUAAAUUGAAAAACAAGCCAACAGCGUAAGUGGUCCAGUCGAAGAUGCUCUGUAUGAACUCAUAAGAAGCCUCGGUGGAGGUGAGAGGAACAACCCACUAAUCCAAGUACUUUACAUCAUUUUUAUCAUGAUAAUAAAAUGUUCUACCUCA